UCCUGCUGCACCUGUUUGAAACAGCUUCGUGGAAUUAUGUCAGGCCGUGGAAAGCAGGGUGGAAAGGCUCGGGCCAAGGCCAAGUCCCGCUCGUCCCGGGCCGGGCUGCAGUUCCCGGUGGGCCGCGUCCACCGGCUGCUGCGCAAGGGCAACUACGCGGAGCGGGUGGGGGCGGGCGCGCCCGUCUACCUGGCCGCCGUGCUCGAGUACCUGACGGCCGAGAUCCUGGAGCUGGCGGGCAACGCGGCCCGCGACAACAAGAAGACCCGCAUCAUCCCGCGGCACCUGCAGCUGGCCAUCCGCAACGACGAGGAGCUCAACAAGCUGCUGGGCAAGGUCACCAUCGCCCAGGGCGGCGUCCUGCCCAACAUCCAGGCCGUGCUGCUCCCCAAGAAGACCGAGAGCCACCACAAGGCUAAGGGCAAAUAAAAAGUUGAGGAGGAACAGUAGGAUUCCUACGUUUCCACCUAAAU